AUGUCUUUCACACGACGACAAUUGAUGAUCACCCUCUCCGUCACAGUGCUGGCGAAUGUCGCUGGCGCCGUGACGGUCUGUGCGAGGAGCAUCCGUCCCUACGCCGAAGCUGCGUCGUUCUGGCACGACAUAUGCGGAAUCACUGUGUCGGACCCCAACACCGUCCUCAUGGCCACCAAUCUCGAGUUCUUCGACCCAAGUUUCGAAUGUGACACUAAUGCCGGGUUUGUGCAGGCGCAGUGUGUAUCCUUCAAUUCGUGCGGUGGUGCAACCGACUGCGAUCAUGAGACACCUACCUAA